GAUGCAGCUCUUUUCCUUCUCGUACAAAAUUUCCUCUUCCUUCCCGUUCGUGGUUGAAUGUCGCCUCUUUAAUAACAACAAGAAACCGCUACAACUUUUACACUCAGAAUAAAAAACACACUCACACACACUCACACACACACACACACUCACUCACACACACACUCACACAACACACAACACACACACCGCGGAAUGGAGACCGGAGAGCGCCGCAAACGGAAGCUCUGGCGGUGGUGAGUGAAGAUCAGUCCAUAUUUGAGCCGGCGUUUGGAAGCAUGAAGUCCGAGAUCACGUCUCCGGCGGCGCAGGCCGGAUUCAGACAGGGAUCAGAGGAAAGCACAGAGUCUGAGUGGACGAACACGUCAGCGAACAAUCCUGCGAAGAAAAACGAACACGUCAACGGAGCUAGUCGUGAGUCUCCGGUGGAGGUCACCAGUGCUAAAAGAAGUCGUCACAUCAGCAGUAGUGACGGAGGACAGCAGCCGUAUCAGCCGUCGUACCCGGAGCCGAGGACGAGUCCACAGAGCACCACGGAGGAGAAAAGAGUCAUCGUCCCCGCAGACCCGGAGGUUUGGACUCAGGACCAUGUGCGUCAGUGGGUGGAGUGGGCGAUUAAAGAGUACAGCCUGGUGGAUGUGGACGUGUCCGUCUUCCUCCCACUGGACGGCAAGACGCUCUGCAAAAUGUCGAAAGAGGACAUGAUGCGUCUCACGUCGCCCUACAACACCGAUGUCCUGCUGUCACACCUCAACUACCUCCGCCAGAGUAGUCCGACCUUCUCGUACCCAACGACCCCCACCAACACACAGCCCGCGCCGAGAAUACAGGUCAAAGCCGAAAACAGUUUUGAGGAAAUCAGCAGGAGAAACAGCUGGCCAUCAGGGGCCAUGACAGUUCCUAAAGGUUCUCCAGUGGAGCAGCAGCACAACAGCAGGAUCACAGACCCUUCAUCCAGAAUCACUCAAGAUCCGUACCAAGCGCUAGGGCCGAUCAGCAGCCGCCUCGCUAAUCCAGGUUCAGGUCAGAUCCAGCUGUGGCAGUUUUUGCUCGAGCUCCUUUCGGACAGCAGCAACGCCAACAUCAUCACCUGGGAAGGAACGAACGGCGAGUUUAAGAUGACCGACCCGGACGAAGUGGCCAAGCGCUGGGGCGAGCGCAAGAGCAAACCCAACAUGAACUACGACAAGCUGAGCCGCGCCCUGCGCUACUACUACGACAAGAACAUCAUGACCAAAGUGCACGGCAAGCGCUACGCCUACAAGUUCGACUUCCAGGGCAUCUCUCAGGCGCACCAGAACCACCCGACCGAGGGCAACGUCCUGAAAUACCAGACCGAUGUGCCCUACGUCCAGGGCUACCACAGCCACCAGCCCAAAGUGAACUUCAUGAACCCGCACUCCGGCCCCAUGCCCGUGUCCUCGAGCAGCUUUUUCCCUCCCACCACCAACUACUGGAACUCAGCGGCCAGCGUCGUUUAUCCCAGUUCACCGAUGCCUCGACACCCGGCCACACACUCGCAUUUAAACUCUUAUUAUUAAAAUCACAGAGAGAAUAAAUUCGGCGUCAGCACUAGUGGAUGUCUUCCAACAGAUCCACUGUUAGUUUGUGGAGAUUUAUGUCAUAGAAAAGACUGUUUUUAAUCAUCCAGCACCAAGAAAACCAACAUUUGGUCGUUUGGAUAAAAAGUCUUAUUAUUAAAAGAUGUAGAAUAAAUAACAACAUGUCCCUAUUUAGCUUUUUUUUUUUUUUUUUUUUUUUUAUUACUACUAACUGAUCCACAGGAUUUAUUUACAACCUAACUCUUAUCUGGUUAAAGAGGAACCACAGCUAAGACUUAGAGCAUAAAAGGGCCAAAAGGUCAUGUAAGGAACCAAGAAAAAUGACAAACAAGAAAAAAAAAGACUUUUCUUAAGAUUUCUUUGGUGGUUUAAACCUCUGUAAACUUCAACUAAAAAGCCAACACUGGGUUUGUUGAGAGUGAGAGGAUUAUUUUUGCUGUUAACAUAAAGGAUUAUUUUUGUUCUAAAUUUACCUGUAAUUUGCCUUUGAAAGUCUUUUAUGUCCAGAGACACAUUCACAUCUGAGCUUGUUUUAUUAUAAUUAUUAUUUAUAUAAUACGACAUCCAUCACGUGUGAAAUUUUCCACCAACAGCUUCAAAACCUAAAGGGAAAGGAGUUUUUAAAAGGACUUUUUUAUGAUAUAAACAAAACUUCUACUAAAGAUAUAUUACUUGUAGCAGUUACAAUUACACACACACACACACACACACACACAAGUGUAAAUAAUAGUUGCCAACUUUGCAUAAAAGGGCAACAGUUUUCUUCCUCGGAUUACAAACUCACAAUUUCUGUAUUGUUUUCAUGCCUUUGUACAGACCUUUAUGAGGUGAAACAGCAUCACAUUUAUGUAACGAAUUUUUAAACCAAUAAAAUAAACAUGUAUCUCACA